UAAUUAUCCAUAUAUGUAACAAUCCGACCAGUUAACUAGUUUGUUUGCCCCACCGAAUUCUCUUCCCACACUGUACAAAGAACGACUCUUCCUCUCCACCCUUUUCUCAUUCUCCUAACCAUUUCUUCCUCCUCAUAAUUUCCCACCAGCCUUUUCCAAGAUAGUGUACGGCACACUAGUUCUCUUCUUCUUUCAAAAUCUAGCUCAGUUCCUUACAUACCCUCUUUUCUCUUAUGGAGAAGGAGACUCAUGACUUCAUGAAUGUGGAUUCCUUCUCCGAGUUGCCUUUUCUUCGACCGUCUCCCCCUGUCAAAGAAAAGGGCAUUCGCCUAUUCGGCAAACAAUUCAGUAGCGGCGAUGCUCACAAACUCUCCUCGGCCGACUCAGAAUCCGCGGAUGGAAACGGCCGAGGAGAGCUGAGCAGUGCCGCUACCAAUGAAAACGAAAACGGAGAGAGUAACAGGAAGUUCGAGUGUCAUUAUUGCUGCAGGAACUUCCCUACUUCACAAGCCUUGGGAGGCCAUCAAAACGCGCACAAGCGAGAGCGUCAACAAGCCAAGCGAGCGCACCUUCAGUCAGCCAUGGUCCAUGGCGGCUACCCCGAGGCACACGUGUACGGGAUCAUGAACUACAAUCGGUUCGGCUCGGCUCCAUCACCCCCAGUCAUGCCCUACCACUCUUCCUCGUCAUGGAGUUCCACCACUAUCGAUAAUAACAGUAGAUUUUACGGAGGCCACGGCCUUUAUAAUUCGCAUAGGCCGCAGCCGAUUACAGGAAGUCCGUUGGCUCUGUGGCGAGUUCCAUCAGCGCACAGCCCGUCUGGUUAUAGCUAUGAGCGUGCCGUGAAUCCUCCUCCAUUGUUCGCAAACGAUGAAAUGAAAGCGUCGUCGCUGAAUAUUAAUGCAGGCUCAAGCUCGCAGAACCGGUACCUAUACGAAUCCAAGGCGAGUCAUGUGAAGGACCAUGUGAGUUUGGAUCUACAUCUGUAGUGAUCGACUUAUUUCAGAAUUGAAUAAAUUCAUCUUUCAUAAUUAGGAUAUCUUUCUUUUUAAUUCUACCCUAGUCAGGAGCAAAAAUUUGAGCCGAUUCAUA